AUGAUAUCCUCGGCGCCAUUCUUCUCCAUCCUCCCCACCAAGGACGGCGGCCGCACACAGGCCCUCUCCCGCCGAUGGCGCCACCUCUGGCGCUCGGCGCCGCUCAACCUCACGGUCUGCUCCCAAAGCUUCAUCUUCCCCAACUUCAUCCUUCCCUCCGCUGUCUCCAAGAUAAUCGCUGAGCACCCUGGUCCCGCCCGCAGAUUCUUUUUCCUCGGAUUCAGCGACCUCUACUCCGAGCUGGAGAGUUGGUUCCACUCCCGAGCCCUCGCCAACCUCCAGGAGCUUACUGUCCAAUGCUUCAAGCCACCUGCGUCCAGCCACCUGCUGCUACCAUCCCUGCUCCGCUCCGCGUCCACUCUCCUUUUUGUCACGAUCAGCCAUAUCAAUUUCCCCGAUCAGAUUGCACCAUGUAUGUGUUUCCCUCUCCUCAAGCAGCUCUCCUUGCUUAGCCUUUCCAUCUCCGGGGGCGUCUUCCAUGACUUACUCUCUCGCUGCCAUGCCUUGGAGAGCUUAUUCGUGUCGGAAGUUCGUGCUGAGGGUUGCCUCCGUGUUAGUUCCGCGACUCUUCGUAGCAUUGGCUUAGAGGGCAACCAUUUUCGGAAAACGGAAUUGGUCAUUGAGGACGCUUCUCGCCUUAAAAGGCUAUUAUUUCCUCGCGGAAAUGGUUGUCGGACUAUCCGGAUAAUGAGGGAACCUAAACUAGAGAUAUUAGGCCCCUUCUCUGGUGAUUUCUCCAAAAUUCAGGUUUUCAAGGGACUGAGCCCAGUUAGCAUGACGAACUCGAUGUGCACUGUAAAGGUUUUGGCCGUCGGUUCUUGUAGUUCUCAAUUGAUUGCAGUUCUUAGCGUCCUCAGGUUCUUCCCCUGUUUGGAAAAACUCUAUGUCACUUUAUGCUCUCGCUAUGAGAUGGAUAAGAAAUGUGAGCCUCAGUAUGACCCACUACAUCCAAUUGAAUGCCUUCAGACCCAUCUCAAAGAAGUGGUGUUGCGAGAUUACUCUGGCCAUGAGAAGCAGGUUGACUUUGCCAGGUUCUUUGUUUUGAAUGCAAAAGUGCUCAUGGAAAACAGUGCUUCUCGAGAUGUUCAAUUUGAAAUCAGGAGUAAUUGUCGUUGGCAUGAUUGCCAUCUCAAAGAGCACAUCCACAAUUUUCAGGAGGACUCAAUCCCAUUGAUAUCUUCCUAUACUCCUCUCGACGCCAACCAUCCACCAUCAGAGGUUCCCAUAGUUUCUGGAAACUUACAAGAUUCGCCAAAUGAUAAUUCUGAAGGAAGAGGCUCCUCAGUCCCUAUUGAUUUUCGUACUGCCGAACAUGUAGACCCAGAAGAUGAAUAUGAUGACCCGAUAGAUUCGGAAGCUGCCCAUGCCAUCCUUCCUUCCUCGGUCGAUGAUGCUUGCAACACGGAGGGAUCGGUGCGCAAUGAUGACGCCGAUCAUGAUGCCUUUAUUGAUGCGAGCUGUGGAGGAGGCCGGGGCUUCACCCGCGAAGAGAUCGGCGGCGGCUUUGCCGAUGAAGACGACCUCUUCGACAUUGACGAAGGUAUUGUCGAGCCACCGGCUAAGAAGACCAAAUCUGGAGUUGCUCCGCCGGACGUCGCUGCUUCUGAAGCGUCGGUUCCUAAAGCAGCCCACGUGGCUCAGGUAUGA